UCAAAUUGACAAGCAGGCAACUUCCGUAGCUCUCGCCAUUCCUUUACCUUUCUGACGGGCAGACGUAAAGCUGGUCUUUUUAAACGACCCGCAAAUAAAUCUGCAAAUUUUGCUAGCAUCUUUCAAUAAAACUGCGUGAAAAUGGUUGUUAAGAAGCCCAGGCCAAAGAAGAAGCCAGUGACCAAGAAGGUAGCUCCCGCUCCAUUGGCCGUCAAGAAGCCAGUUGUCAAGAAAGUUGUCAACCAGCUCUUCGAGAAGCGUCCCAAGAACUUUGGCAUUGGUCAAAAUGUGCAGCCCAAACGUGAUCUGUCGCGUUUUGUGCGUUGGCCCAAAUACAUUCGUGUGCAGCGUCAAAAGGCUGUGCUCCAGAAGCGUCUGAAGGUGCCACCACCAAUCCAUCAGUUCAGCCAGACGCUGGACAAGACCACAGCUGUCAAACUGUUCAAGCUGCUGGAGAAAUACCGCCCAGAGUCGCCGCUCGCCAAGAAGCAGCGCUUGAAGAAGCUGGCUGAGGCCAAGGCUAAGGGCAAGGAGGUGGAGCCCAAGAAGAAGCCCAGCUAUGUCGCUGCCGGCACCAAUACGGUGACCAAGCUUAUUGAGCAAAAGAAAGCUCAGCUGGUCGUCAUUGCUCACGAUGUGGACCCACUAGAGUUGGUGCUCUUCCUGCCCGCUCUGUGCCGCAAAAUGGGCGUGCCCUACUGCAUUGUCAAGGGCAAGGCUCGUUUGGGACGUCUGGUGCGUCGCAAGACCUGCACCGCUCUGGCCCUGACCACCGUGGAGAACAACGAUAAGGCCAACUUUGGCAAGGUCCUCGAGGUGGUUAAGACCAACUUCAAUGAGCGCCACGAGGAGAUCCGUCGUCACUGGGGCGGUGGUAUUCUUGGCUCAAAGAGUUUGGCCCGCAUCGCCAAGCUGGAACGCGCCAAGGCCCGUGAAUUGGCCCAGAAGCAGGGUUAAACAAUUAUUGUAUACCUUAAAGCAAAUGGACGUUGAUUCAAGCAAAGAUCAUUGAGUUGAUGAUUCACAUACAAAAACAACAACAACAAAUAAACAUUUAAGUGUACAAUUUUUAACUAUUUUUUUUAUUUUUUUUUUCUAUAUGUAUAGUGAGAGUGCGAGUGGCGUUUGAACGCUUCUUGGCGUUCAAUAAAUUUAUAAGAGCUAUCUACAACGUCAA